UUGCCUUGCGCAGUUUGUCAAAAUAGACUCAAGUGACAGAAAUGGCUUGAGGUCGGCCUGAUUUAUUUACCUUUGCAAAAGUAUUCUAUUUUCUGUAUUCUAUGCGGAAUUUUUAAUAUAAAACGAUGGCUACCAACACGGAUUUUACAUCAUUCCUAAGUACGAGAGUCAAGGCGGAGCUCGAGUCGGAGGAGGAGAUUCUAGAUGAAAUCCUAGAAGACAAUGAAGUUAAGGACAUUCAUUCAGAUUUCUUGGAUGCUGGACAGGAGGCAAAGUGUGGAAGUAUCUUCAUAUCGACUACUCGAAAGUAUACCUUGGUCUGCGAAAGUUGCGAUGGACGCUUCGAUAGUAUGGAAGCGUUUGGUUAUCAUCUGGAAAAGGACCACUUCGACUAUGGAGUACGAAACGGUGGCUGGUGUAAAAUACCCAUAAAGGAGGAGGUCUCUUUCAAGACUGAGGAUAUACAAAAUAAAGAAUGCACCGCGACGAAUUUCGAUGCCACGUAUCUUCCAAAAAAUUCCAUUUUCGAGGAAUCUGCCAUGAAUGCUUUCCAGAACUUCCCACUUCAAUCUUCCAACAAUAGCUCAGUCAUUUCUAGGAGACCUACAGUGGUAUUAACCGGACAACCCCUCUACGAUGAGAAAAAAAACUUUUGCAUCACAUGCGAUCGUCAGUUGGAAUCGAAGAAGUCUUUCUACCGUCAUAAGUAUUAUCACAAAGAGAUGUUCCGCAAGCAGGAUAGGCUCCAUUUGCAAUAUCCCGGGCCAAAUGGUGCAUUAGUUGAAACUGUUGUUAAAGAGGAACUCGAUAUUGGAAAUUAUGAAGUUCAGAAUCCAGGGUUUCCAGAAGCAUACAAUGAGACCUAUAUUCACCCAGGUGCCGUCGGCAAUCCUAUCGACCCAGCAGCAGAACAUCUCAAAUCAAUUCAAAUGAAUUCCCCUUCUCUCCAUUGUGGUUCCACACGGACUAGCUACGAUGAAUUGCAACCUAAACUCAAUACCUCAGUGGAUAUUAACGCGCAGUAUUCUCACCACAUCCAAGCGAUAAAUAUGGCGGAAAUUCAACUAGGGUCUACUAUGCAAAACGAACAAUUGUUUUGCCCAGAAAGCAGUCAACAAUAUGAGGCAGACAAAAAUCAAACAGCGGAAUUCAACCACAAUGCCGCGGUAACGGGCGAAAGUAGUGAAUAUGACCAACACGAAAAUGAUCCAGAUGCACCACGAAGGGGCCGAAAAAAGGGAAAAGUGGUAUUUUCGUUUGAACCUGAAUUCGACAAGGCAAGAAACUUUUGUAUUACAUGUAAUCGUCAAAUGAGCUCAGGGGAAUCCUUCAAACAUCACGAGUACGAUCACAAAUUCAAAAUUCGAAAGUGGUACAUCGCCAAUGGAUUGAAAUCAAGGAAAGAACAAGUUAAAUUCGUGUUUUCCGAAAACCCAAGUUUCGACGAUGAAAGAAAUUUUUGUAUCACUUGCAAUCGAGAAUUCGACACUAAAAUAGGUUUUCAGCUCCACAAGAAAAGGCAUAGAUUAAAGAUACGUGAAAAACAGGGCACAGUUAGCACGUCUGAAGCCACAUUCUCAUGUGAAUUGUGUCCUGGAAAAUUUAAAUCAGAUUUCUGUUUACGAAGACAUACAGUAUCGAGCCACGGGGAUAAAAUCCCGAAUUCCCUACAAGGGGAUCCAACGUACCUCAGGUGUCGGUUUUGCCAUAAGGAUUUCGAAAAGCCAACAGAACGCCAUCAACACGAACGGGACCACGCUAACGAACGAGCACGGUAUCGAUGUCACCUAUGUCCGAAGUCAUUCACCACAAGUGCAGGUCGAAAGGCUCACAAAACCAUUCAUCGAGGUGAUCGCCCAUUUCUCUGUUCACAGUGUCCGAAAGCUUUUGGAGCUCGAGCGAAUCUUUAUCGUCAUGUUCAAUGCAUCCAUUCUGGCAUAAAACCAUUCGCAUGUGAAUAUUGCGGCAAAACAUUCAGUGAGAAAUCAGAUCUUACCUCUCACAUUGUAAGUCAUACGAAAGAGAAGCCUCACGAGUGCCAGGAGUGUGGGGCACGAUUCAGUUAUUUGCAGAGUUUACGUAUUCAUAAGAAAAGACACGCAAAUCAACGAGACUUUAAAUGUGAGGUGUGUGGAAAACUGUUCACUACUAACAGCGAAUUGCGGGAUCAUAGGACGAUUCAUUCUGAGGGAUGUGAUUUUCAGUGUCCGCACUGUCAAAAACGAUUCAAAAGAAAGAGUACUUUGAGGGCUCAUAAGAAAUUGCACGAAAAUGAACAAAUGUAUCGUUGUAUGAUGUGUGACAUAAAAUUCGCUAAUGAAGGCGAAUUAAAUUUGCAUAUGGAAUCUCAUAGUGGAUUCGAUGCUCAAGCAAACAUUUUAAUUAUGGAUUCGAUAUUUUUAUUGAAUUCGGGACUACAGACCGACGUAAAAUUGGAGGAAAAAAUUCUAGAUAAAUCCAUAGAAGACUAUGGAUCUGUGUGGACACGUCCUGACUCUCCCACUAUCGACUGGACAUCGGAGUGUGGUCGUAUUCUGAUAUCAACCGAAGGAAAAUAUACCGUUGCUUGCAAUAGCUGCAGUGAUCGCUUUAAUAGUGUAGGGUCCUUCGGGAAUCAUUUGAAAACUGUCCACCCGGACUAUGGCGAAGAGGAGGAGGUCCUACCCGAAAACGAUGAAAUUCGAUGUAAAGGAGCUGAUACAACAGAUGGGAUCGUGACCGCUACAUCGCAGAUACAGCAGAAUCGAAGAAACACGAAACUUGCACGUUACAAAAACUGUUCGAAUACUCCAAAGAAACCAACUGUGAUAAUUUCGGCCGAGCCUUUUUAUGACGAGAAAAGACUCUUUUGUGUUACAUGCGAUCGUCAGUUAGCUUCAAGACAGGCCUUCACGCGACAUAAGAGGUAUCAUAAGGACCAAUUCCCAAAACAGGGAAUGACCUAUUUGAAUCAUGACGACGAGGAAGAUACGUCAAAUGAAACUACAGUCAAGGAUGAACUUGAUAUUGGCGACUAUGAAUUCCAGGAUUCAGUAUACGAUGCCGAAAGCGUUGAGAAAAUUGACGGCAACGAACUCAUGCAUAGAGAAGAUCCAAUUCGCUGUUUACACUGUCUUAAAACCUUUUCAACCAAAUCAAAUCUUAAACGCCAUAUUCAAAGCUUAAAGGCGGAAGACAAACCGCAAUUUUAUCGGACCGUAUUCACAUUGGAGCCCAAGUAUGACGAGAAAAAACAUUUUUGUAUAUCAUGCAAUGUUCAAAUGAAUUCGCAGGAAACAUUCAUACAUCAUAAGAAGGAGCAUAAAUCGGUUAUUCGAAGAUGGAAGACCCGCAACGGCUUGAGAUUGCCUGGAAAAAAUCUCAAACCUGUGUUUUCUGAAAACCCCGAUUUUGACGACGAGAACAACUUUUGCAUCACGUGCAAUCGUGAAUUUGUCUCGAAGGGCAGAUUUCUGAAACAUAAAUUGUUACAUAUGAAGGACUCAACUAAUCCAAAACUUCCGACAUUUUUUUGUGAAUUAUGUCCUGGAAAAUUUAUGUCAGAUUUUGGAUUAAGAGAUCAUAUCGUGGCGAACCAUGGAGAUGAGAUUCCAAAGUCUCUACAAAACGAUCCAACGUACCUGGAAUGUCGAUUUUGUUUUAAGGAAUUUGCAAAACCAACGGAACGUUACCAACAUGAGGAGAGCCACAUUAAAGAGCGAAAGAAAUAUCGGUGUCCUUUAUGCCCAAAAUCAUUCGCCACAAAUUCAGAACGCAUAGCUCAUGAAUCUGUUCACAGAGAAGAUCAGCCCUAUCGUUGUGAGCAAUGUCCUCAAUCAUUCAGAUUUAAAACAAAUUUUAACCGUCACGUUAAGGAUGUUCAUUUUGGCAUAAAAUCGACCAAUGUUGCACUUGUUAAGGCAGAGGGUGCUGCCAAAAAUGAGAAAAUGGGACGAGUCAAAACUGUGUUUUCUGUGAACCCCAAUUUCGACGAUGAGAAAAAUUUUUGUAUCACAUGCAAUCGGGAGUUUAGCUCGAAGUCUAGUUUUAAUACCCAUAAAUUUCUGCAUAGGAGAAUGAUCCGGAUAAAACAAGCCAGAUUCAAAGAGCCAACAGAACGUGAUAUACAUAAAAAGGAUCGGUCUGCUGCAGAGGGUCAUGACCAAUCUAAUCGUCCGCUUGAAUCUCCGAGCUCUCCACAAGAGGAUCCAUUUGUAGACCGCAAAAUUCACGACGGUAUAAAACCGGCAAAUGACGAGGACACUAUCAAAACUGAGAAAAUGAGACGAACCCAAAUGGUUGUGUUUUCCGAAAAUCCGAAAUUCGAUGACGAGAAAAACUUUUGCAUCACAUGCAAUCGUGAAUUCGCCUUGAGGGCCACCUUCAAUAAACAUAAAUUAUUACAUAAGAAUUUAAUUAAUCCAAAACAUCCGACAUAUUUGUGUGAAUUGUGUCCUGGAAAAUUUAUCUCAGAUUUUGGAUUAAGAGAUCACAUUGUGGUGAACCAUGGAGAUGAGAUUCCAAAGUCUCUACAAAAUGACCCAACGUACCUAAAGUGCCGAUUUUGUCAUAAGCAAUUUCCUAAGCCUACAGAACGUUACGAACAUGAGGAGAGCCACGCUAAAGAGCAAAGGCCAUAUCGUUGUCCGUUAUGUCCAAAAUCUUUCGCCACAAAUUCAGAACGCAAAAUUCACGAACCUAUUCAUGGAGAAGAUCGGCCAUAUCGUUGUGAACGAUGUCCUCAAUCAUUCAGACAUAAGACAAGCUUUAAUCGCCACGUUAAAAAUGUACAUUUUGGCAUCAAACCGACAAAAGGCGCAUCGGUUCAGUUUCUGUUUACUGUGAAACAAUUAGUGUUAAAAACAAAUAAGAUAAAUAUGGACUCAAUACCUCUAAUGGAUCCGAGACUGCAGAUAGUCGUAAAAUCAGAGGAAGGACUUCUAGAUGAAUUCAUAGAAGACAAUGAAUCUGUGUGGACCCGUGCUGACUCUUCGACUAUCGACUGGAAAGCCGAGUGUGGCCGUAUCCUGAUAUCAGCUGGAGGGAAAUAUACCGUUGCCUGCAAUGACUGCAGUGACCGCUUCGAUGGUAUGGGAUCGUUUGAGAAUCAUUUGAAAACCGUCCACUAUGGCGUACAGAAAAAUGACUGGACUAGAGUCCAGAUAAAGGAGGAGGUCCUACUGAAUGAGAUUUUAGAUAAAGCGGUUGAUACACUAGAUGUUAAGAAUCGAGGGAAAGUUGUUAAGAAUCGAGGGAAACCUUCACCCUACUCUUCGAGCAAUACAUGGAAAUUUGUGAAAAUUACGACCGAUCCUAUUUAUGAUGAAAAAAGGCUCCUUUGUGUCACAUGUGAUCAUCAAUUAGCUUCAAUACAGGCCCUCAGGCGACAUAAGAGGUAUCAUAAGGAACAACUUCGGAAAAAGGGACUGAUUCAUUUGGAUCAUGGUGGCCAGGAAGAUGCUUCACAUGAAACUGUUGUCAAGGAUGAACUUGAGAUCGGAGACUACGAAAUCCAGAAAGCAGUAUACGAUGGGAAGAGCGGUGUUUUGGAUAAUUCGACUGGUUCGCAUUGUAAUCCUUCAUGGGAUAGCUCCGUAGCAAUAAAAGUCGAAACUGGCAUGCCAACUGUUACCGAUGUGACUAACAAAAGGACCAAUGCAGCAGCAGUUAAUCCAGACGAGAAACCCUUAUCCGAAGAUAGCAAUCGACAAAAUGAAAUAGAGUCAGACCAAAGGCAGACAAUGAAGGACUCAAAGGCCCGGGACUCGAUCAAAGACGAUUCGAAAGACUUCCAGUGCCGAUUUUGUUAUAAACAAUUUGAAAAUCUGACACAACGUUACCAACAUGAGGACAGUCACGCUAACGAAAAAACGCCUUAUCGGUGUUCAAUAUGCCCGAAAUCCUUUACCAAGGGCUUCAGUCGCAAAAAUCACGAGCUCUCCCAUAGAGGAGACCGUCCAUUUCGCUGUUUACAAUGUCAUAAAACCUUUCAUACUAAGACCAAUUUUAAAUAUCAUGUUCGACGUUCAAGGCUAUGUUCGAGGUUCAAGGCACAAUCUUAUCAUAACAGCUUGAAAUUUCCCAGACUCAAACUUGUGUUUUCUGAAAAUCCCAAUUAUGAUGAGGAGAAAAACUUUUGCCUCACUUGCAAUCGUGGAUUUGACUCGAAGCGCUGCUUUAACAUACAUAAACUUGCCCAUAUGAACUUAAUUCAUCCUAAAAAGGCAACAUUUCUUUGUGAAUUGUGUCCUGGAAAAUUUAUGUCAGAAAGCAGGUUAAGAGAUCAUAUUGUGGUGAACCAUGGAGAUGAGGUUCCGAAGUCUUUUCAAAACGAUCCAACGUACCUAAACUGCCGCUUUUGUCAUAAGCAAUUUACAACACCAAUAGAACGUUACCAACAUGAGAGAAGUCACCGUAAAGAGGAGAAGCCAUAUCAGUGUUCAUUUUGCCCAAAAUCUUUUAUCAAAAAUUCAGAACGAAAAAGUCACGAGUCUGUUCAUAAAAAACACGAAAUCUAUCUGGCUCACGUGGCAUCUCUUCAGGGAGAGAGCACUACAAAAAUUGAGAAAAUGAUGCGAAUCAAAAGAAAGGUGGUGUUUUCUGAGAACCCCAAUUUCGAUGACGAGAAAAAAUUUUGUUUCACGUGCAAUCGUGGAUUUAUCUUGCGGACGAGCUUCAACGCUCAUAAAUAUGUACAUAAAAAAUUAAUUAACCCGAAACAACCCACAUACUUGUGUGAAUCAUGUCCUGCAAAAUUCGUAUCAGAUUCUGGAUUAAGAGAUCAUAUUCUGGCGAAUCACGGAGAUGAGAUUCCAGCUUUCCUUAAGGACGAUCCAACUUACCUAAAGUGUCGCUAUUGUCAUAAGCAAUUUGAAAAACCAAGUGAACGUUACAAACACGAGAAGAGUCAUUCUAAAGAAAAAACACCGUAUCGAUGUCCUUUAUGUCCGAAAUCUUUCGCCAGAAAUACAACGCGCAAGAUUCACGAGUCUGUUCAUAAAAAACCACCCCCAAUCAAAAAUAUGAAAGUGACACCAAUCCGAAAAGUUUUGUUCUCCGAAAACCCCAAUUUCGACGAAGAGAAACAAUUUUGCGUCACAUGCAAUCGUGAAUUUGCCUCAAGAAACAGCUUCAACAAACAUAAAUUCUUACAUAGAAAUUUAAUUAAACCAGAUCAACGGACAUUUGCUUGUGAAUUGUGUCCUGGAAAAUUUAUGUCUGAUUGUAGGUUGAGAGCUCACAUUGUCCUGAAUCAUGGAGAUGAGAUUCCAAAGUCUCUACAAAACGAUCCAACGUACCUACAAUGCCGCUUUUGUCAUCAGCAAUUUACAAAGCCAACAGAACGCUUCCAACAUGAGAAAAGUCACGCUGAAGAGAAGAAGCCUUAUCAGUGUACAUUAUGCCCGAAAUCUUUCAGCAGAAGUUCAGACUGCAAAGUUCAUAUAUCGAUUCAUAGAGGAGAUCGACCAUUUCGUUGUGAAGAAUGUUUUCAAACAUUCAGAAGAGAGUCAUAUCUUAAACGGCACCUUAAAAGUUUACAUUUUGAUAGACGACCGGCAAAUGUAUCGGUCCAGGUUGAGGAUAGUAAUAACAUUAAAAAAGAAGACGAAACAAAAUGAUAGUGUUUCCCGAAAACCCCAAGCUUUUGUAUCAGAUAAAAUCUUAAUGUCGCCUCCAGAAUCAGUCUUAGAUAUAUAAUUUAUUGCCAAUAAUAUACGUUAUAAUGUCUUUAACAAAAUUUAAAAUAAAAGGUCCAGCUUCUCGCUAUUUGUAACUUAUGUCUAUAUAUACCAUUUGCAAGUCAAAUUAACGCGCUUACAAAUGAAAUUAACGCUUCAACAAGUGAAAUCAACGCUCUUACA